ACUGGUUUUGUUAAGAGGGUAGAGUAUGUACACUAUGCCUCGCUGUCUCGCACGUGAAGAAGUAUUGGCUUUCUCUUCAGUCUUCUCUCUCUUACAUGCACCCACUAUAAUCCCCCUACAGCCCAUCCGGGUUUUUUUCUUCAUUGUUAAUUCCCUCUCUUCCGAGCUUCUUUCUCUUUGCAAAAUUAUUAACAAAAUGAACUUUUUUGGUUCAGAGUGCAGUAGUGUUAGUGAGUCUGGGUGGACUCUCUACUUAGAGCAAUCUAAUUUUACUUCGCAUAGAAAUACUAACAAGUUUGUGGAUGGUGAGGCCGGUUUUUGUGAAGAACGUUUUCAGCAUUUUGAUGAUGGUGAUGAUGAUAAAGACGAGGAUUUAUCUAUGGUUUCUGAUGCGUCUUCUGGACCUCCAACUUUCCAUGAAGAUGAAGAUCGUUGCAAUGAUGUUGAUAGAUGUAACCAGUUGCAAUAUCCUCCUCCUUCCAAAGCUACACGAGAGGCCAAUAGUAGUGGGAAAAUAAGGCUGAAAAAGAAGGAGAAAAGAAGCCGUGGCCAAAAACAAGAACCCUUGCCUUCUUUUCUUGACGACACUGCUAGUUCUCCUGUUAUUAACUUCUCCUCCAAGAAUAAUUUUGGUGCCAUAAACAACAAUCAGGCAUCCAUGGAGAGUGUUUUAGAUUAUUCUCAAGGAUACUCAGCAACUCACUUUCAGCGGAGGUCUGCAUUUCAAGACCCUUUCAGUUUCCUGCAAUCUUCUCACUCUGGAAACCAUGUUCAAAAUAACCAGUGGUUAUAAAGGGUAAUUUAAGAGAAUGAUGGAGAGGAGAAAUGGUGCUUGCUGCUGCUGCUAUUGCAGAAAUGUUGGUGUAGAAGUUGCUCUAAAAGAUGGUUUAUAGAGCUAGCAAAAUGGAUCUCAAAUUAAGAAGAAGCUAGCUUGUUGCUUUCUCUUUUUCCUUUUCAAGUUUCUAUUAAUUUUACCUGUCAAUGCAGUGGGAAACAACCAACCUGUUGGGAGCAAAAGUUGGAAAUAAAUUUAUUGUUUGCAAAAUUCACUUA